CCCGUCUCCUCUCAGUCAGUGCCUUACCAGGCCCGACCGCCGUCGGACGUGUGUCUGUUGUGUCCAGUGCUUCCGAUGUCGUGUGUUCCCCGCGAACCCGAGUCCGAGUCCGCGCCCCGGUGACCGUAGGAGCGCCAUGGCCUGCGCCCGCGGUCUCUGUACCGCAGACAAAAUUUUCGUAUUCAUCAACGUCGCGUUCGCGAUGUACAGCGGGGCGCUGCUGGCGACCGCGGUCCGUCUGCUGUGGGACCCGAGCACCUACACGUGGUUCAGAUACCUGUGCGAGACCCAGUACCGCGUCACCACCGGUUACCUCCUGGCGGCCGGCCUCUGGCUGGCCGGGCUGGUGUACGUCGCCGCCAGCGCCGCUCAUCGUCCGGCUACGACCUGUCUUCACCUCUAUGCUGUUGGCGUUGUGUGCCUGGCGGUGAGCGAGGUGGCGUACGGUGCGUGGAUGGCGGCGUCCCUCGCGGCGUGGUGGCGCUCCGCCCCUCAGGCUGACCUCGUGCGUCACGGCAUGGACCUGCUUCAUGACAUCAAGCCCGCGCUGCUGGCCGUCGAGCGAUACGCUCACGUGGCGCGACCGAUCUACGCUAUGAUCGAGGAGGUGGAGCAGAAGGCGCCCAACAACGCGUACGUGAUCUUCGUGUUCGGAGUCGUCGGGAUGAUCCUUCAGAUAGCGGCAUUCAUAAUGUCUCGCCGACUGGUACGACGCAUCUCCACGGCCACGGGCUCGGGGAUCGCGGACACGGAGUGCGGUGCUCGGGGGAUGAAGGGGGUGAGGGGUCUGGGGGGAGCAGACUGCUCUCUCGCUCUGGAGGAGUGCGCUUACACGUGCGAGAAGACGGUCGACGACGACAGCGACGGAGGACGAGACCCGCCGCCCGGCUGGAGGAAGAAGGCCAACCUGCGCAUGUACACUAUACUCGACAAAAUUUUCUAGCAGGAACACGCGGCGCUUCCGGAGUCGAGCGCCGCGUCUCCUCCCGUGAAGCGCCGCCGCCGCGACGCCCGCGAGCCUCUCCCCUCCCACAGCCACCUCACCGACCGGUCCGCUGAGCACACUUGGCGGGAUCCUCGCUGGGACGCCGUGCACGCCCAGCUGGCAGCCUCGCGUCGCCUCGCAGCCAGCUCCUCGUCCUCGGGAUGUUCCCCUCGUCCCACCACCACAGUGCUCGUCCUGCGGACGGACCUGUAGUGCGGCACGAACCAUCAUACCGUGCUGUAGUCGGACGAGGCAGGAACAUAGUUUGAGUUAAUGUUCCUCAAAUCCCUAUCGAGAAUGCGUGAUUUGAAGGGGACGACAUAUUUCCACUUUUAUGCCUUAUGACGUAUCAUAAUGUCGUGGAGGAGGUGUGUCGUUUAGAUUUCAUGUUUAUUAUCUUGUUAAAUGUAUAUUACCUUUUUUAAAAAAAUUCUACUUCCAAUAAUUAGCAUUAAGAAGAUUUAUGAGCGCGUCUUUUAUGUACGUAUUUGAUAACAAGAUGUUUGUAGCGAUGCAACGAUCGACACUGCCGGAGUGUGAUGAUAUAAAAGACUUCUUUGAGCAAACCGGCUCGUAGCCAUCGUACCCAUCGUACCCAUUGGUAUGUGGAGUAUUCAACAUGUUUCACGAUCGAGGAUCGAGACACAGACUGCCAUAUUGUUUAUAGUUUAGGUAGUUGUUACUGUAACUUGUAAGGGAUAUAUUAUAUCUUAGAAUGUAAAACGCAACCAUAUCUUAGCGAGGGAGGGACUUGCCUGUUCACGUGUUCAAUACGUAACGCUCUGCGAUCAUGUUCAUAGUUUAUUUUAGAAUUUAUAUUUUGUAGAGGUUUAGUGUCUUGAAGAUGCACUCGGUGCUAUAAAAAGAACGCCGGCGUGAUGCCGGCGUGGGGCUCGUAGUUCACGUCAGUUGUGAGUCGGAGUAGACGGCCGCCGUUCGUCUCCUCCUCCGGGCCAAUGGCUCCCGCGAGGGGAAGUCUCGCUCCGAGCCUCAACUUCCGAAUUCCAUUAUUUCUGUGAUUUAUCGAACGUAAUGUAACAGAGUAACGAACAAAGUAUUGUUAUUGUAAGUCCUAAUUAUAUACAUAGGUAGGUAGUUUAGAACUCACAUUUACUACAUAGAGCGUGUUCGUGAAGGCGCUCCGAGCCUCUGGUGCCAAGUAGUUAGUAAGUGUUCAGGUCUGUGUGGUCGGAGGCUGGCGGAGGAGAGUGCGGACUGCAGUAGGAAGACAAUAACAUAUUGGGAGACGAGAUGAGAUGAGAUGGACCGGGGGAGGGGAAAGGGGGAGAUGGGAACUUGUUAAGACUAUUAUUAAGCAAUAAAGUGAUAUUUUUGUACCGUU